UUUCUCCCCAAAAGCAAUCGAAAGCAAUCCGUUUGAUGCAUCAGCCACGGUUUUUUUUUUGUGUGAACAAAAGUGAAGAAAGAAAAGCUAAUCGUUUCCACUCGACUGUAAUUAUUUAUUAAUUUCAUUUGUUUCCGUGUGUCAUGUUUAGAACUGUGCAGUAGGAUUAGUGGUAAAAAGUAACGUCCUCAAAGGAAUGUUUAGUCGAGCAAUAUGAGUGCAUUCGAGGUCAAUGUCACACCGACCCGUGGUUCCCAGCCGAAACGGCGUACAGAAUCGAGAGAACCGACGCUGGUGGUGUUGGGACCGUUCACACCUAAAGCAACGGUUAUAUUUGAGGGUGUUCCCAUCGGGAAGACGGCUUGCAGACAGCUGGUUGUUCAAAAUCCAUACAAUGAAGAAAUUAAGGUGCUUGUAACAAAAAUCCCGAAAAUCGAGUUCAAUCUGGGCUUGGAAUGGACAUCAUGCGAUAUUCCCGCCAGAGAGGAACGUCAACUGGAACUGGUUUGGAAUCCGAUGAAGCUAUUCGCCAGUAAGGAAGUUUUACAGAUGAGCGACAGUUGUGGUAAUAAGAAAGAUAUCGCACUGAUCCUGAAAUCCACCGAGCUGAAAAAGGUGCCAGUGAAGAAGCCAGUGCUGAAACAAGCACCGCUUCUACCGAAAAAGCUUAAACUUAAAUCCCCAUCGCCUCCGAAGGCCGGUUUGAAGCGGAAUUUGGGGUCGAAAAAGUGGGCAUCACCUUUAAAGAAAUCGUUUGCUUCGCCACCGGCUCCGGUUGUUCGACCGCCUAUUCCGAAAGUCAACGUUCUAGGGCCAACCAAUGUAUCGAACAUCUUCAGCUCUAGUGCCUUCAACUUCUCGCAUGUGUCGGAAUCUGCACAGCUUAAUCCCAGAGCCAAUAAGGAAAAUGUCAGUCCAGUAACUCCAGAAAAUGCAUCGAAACUUUUCAACAGUAUCAAGUUUACACCGUCCGAUAAGAAUGAUUUGUCUUACCUAGCCGAUCUGCCCACCCCGGUCAACUACAUGAAGGUAGACGACAUCCGACUCGACAAACCGAACCUCUUACGAAAGCGACUCAGUAUUUCACCGGAAAUUGACCUAUUUUAUGAGUUUACACCACGGAUGUCCACAAACCAAAGUAUUCUGGCCAUGAAGGAAACUCCUAAAUCUUGUUUCAAUACAGAUGAUAAGACGGUAACUUCGCGUAAUCCACAGCUAAGCCUGACGCCACCAAACCACGUUACUUCUAAAACAUUCGACCCCAACUGUUUUUCAACAAUUACGAAAUCCGCCCAAAAGGAGCAAACUUACCUUAUGAUUGACGAAAUGCAAAAGAACUCCGGAAAACAGCUGGAUUUUUCCCACGAACUUGAACUAGCGGACAUUCCACUGAAGGAUUCACCUAUGUACGCUUCUCUGAAGGCGGAAGCUGCACGCACUGAGAACGUUUCCCCUUGCAACGAAAUCCAGUUGGUAUUCCUCAACAAUCUUGAAGCAGCCUUCAGUGAACAACCCAAAGUGCUGAACAAGACUCAAACCGUCUCACCGUACGCCUCCAACCCGCAGCUCUCGAUGAUUGCUGAGGAAAACUCUCGGGAGCUGGGCUUGACAUACCAUGCAGGGCGCGUCAGCGAAGAGCUUAUAAGCCAUCAGAAAACAUUCAAAAUCAUCAACCACGACAGCAUGGCCAAAUCCAAUUCCGACGAUGAUAUUGUGAAAAAUCUCACCAUGGAGAUCAAACUACAGGGUUCAAUGCCAAACCUAAACGACAGGGACGACGAGGACGACGGCGAGACACGAAUGUUCAUGGCACACGAAAUCCGAGCUCAAUCGAGUCGCUUUAAUCUGCACGAAAUCAGUCGCACCAGUGACGAGAUGAAACCGGCCGGAACCGGAAUCGGCGCGAAACGUUAUCUAGACAACAGUCUAACCGCGAUGGACUCGGAUGAACCAGUAUCGAUGGCUAUUUCCCCGCCCAAGAGAAGCAAACUGAUGACGACACCGUCGUUGACUUCACUACAGAAAGCCUCCUCGGGUGGCAGUGGUAGGAGUUCUUCGGCUGGACCACCACUAUCGAGGAGCCGUUCCGGGAACAGCAGCACAAAAUCAUGCUUUCAGGUCCCCAAAGCUACAGCUCCUCGUUCGUUAUCGCUGAAACGGGCACCUGGUCCCAUAGGAUCUUCGAAAAAACUGCCCCUAGAAGAGAAGCGAAUCUUUCUAUACGAUUCAGAACAGCACUUGAAAACCCUCAUAAAUCCCGAUCCAUUCGCUGCGACAACGACAUGCGAUCCAUUCCUGACGGCCACGAUGUACCUGGACGAGAGGGCCUUCGAAAAGCACGAACGACAGCUGAAGAAAUGGCUCAACGCACUGGUGACGAUCCCGGCUGAUUUGGACACUGAACCCAACAAACCACUGGACGUGGGCAAGUUGUUCGAUGAAGUCAAGUGUAAAGAACUGACGCUAGCUCCUACGAAGGAGUUGAUCUCUUCUAAUUAUUACAAAAAUCGACUGAACCAGCUGAGAAGCACUGGCAUUUCGCUCUAUCUUAGUGAAAAGGUCGCCGAACCGCUACGUAAGGCACGCUCUGCUAUCGAAAAGAAAUCAAUGACACUGAGGACGGAUCGUGACCUGCAUCUGGAUUUGGUCCUGCAGCGAAAUGUUUUGGAACUGUUGCUUUGUUUCAAUCCGCUAUGGUUGAGACUGGGCUUGGAAGUUACCUUCGGGGAGCAGAUAGAUCUACAGUCCAACCGUGAUGUGAUCGGACUGAGUACAUUCAUCAUCAAUCGGCUUUUCCGGGAUCGGUAUAUGGAGAUGAAAAAUUCAAAAGCAUAUAGUUUAUCUCCCACCUACGCAGAUCACAUGAAAAAGUUUACCUUUCGAAUGUUUCUGUUUCUGCUAUUUUUCCUGGAUACGGCCAAGAAUCAACGUUUGAUCAAGCACAAUCCCUGUCUGUUUGUGAAGAAUGCACCGUACAAGGAAACGCGGGAGAUCUUGAUAAGAUUUUCGUCCCACCUGAUUGCCGGCAUCGGCGACAUAACGAAGCAUCUGAAACGCUUCGGAUACGUUCUCACCCAUAAGCAGACUUAUUUGGAUGAGUUUGAUUAUGCUUUCGAAAAUUUAGCGGUCGAUCUACGGGAUGGAAUCCGGUUAACCCGUGUGAUGGAGAUUAUUUUGCUGCGAGAUGAUUUGACACUGAGCUUGCGCGUGCCUUCGAUAUCUCGCCUGCAAAAAGUGCACAACGUUAAUUUGGCACUGAAAGCACUCGAGGAUGCGGAUUAUCAGAUCACCGGGGAUAUCACUGCCAAGGAUAUCUGCGAUGGUCAUCGAGAAAAAACGCUUUCGUUGUUGUGGCAGAUCGUGUACAAAUUCCGUGCUCCGAAGUUCAACGCGGCGGCUAACGUGAUACGCAAUUGGUGGAAGCGGAAUUGGAUGAAGGUGGUUAUCGCUAGGAGAAUCGAGGAGAAAAGGAGAAAGAAGAUGGAGUUGGCUGCUGUGAAGAUACAGGCAAGAUAUCGUGCAUUCCGCACGAGGCAGUGCUUCCGGCGAAUGCGUGAGACGAAGCAGAAGGCGGUGGUGAUUUUGCAGAAAUAUACUCGCAGGUACCUCGCCCAAAAACACACAGCCCAACGCUAUUCAUCGAUCCUACGCAUCCAGCGUUGGUGGCGUUCGGUGCAGCUAAUGAAGUCAGCUCGCGAGCAUUUCCUGCAGCAACGUCAUUCCGCCAUCCUGAUCCAAACCACUUUCCGACGGCAUCUGCUGGCACGGCGCCUACUGGCGGCGUCGGUUGUGAUUGGAGAAAUCAAAACCCUAGCCCGGCUCCAUCACCAGAAGGCACUGGUCCUGCAGCGGGCUCUCAAGUCCUACACCAUCCACCGGAAGCUGCAAUCGAUCGUGAUAGGAAUGGUGGCGUUCAACAGACGGAAAGCCAUCAAGUAUCAAUGCGCCGCCAGGAUUCAAGCGACGGUUAGAAUGUGGAAGGAGCGCAGACAAUUUCUGAUGAUAAAGGAAGCUACUGUUAGAAUUCAGUUGCGUUGGAAAGAGUGUUUGCUGGCCAGAAGACAGAGGGAGAAGUUUUUGGAAAUGCGGACAAGUGCAAUUGUCAUUCAGCAGAGGGUUCGAGGGUACUUUUUGAUGAAGGAAACGAAGACUGUGUAUGAAAGGGAGCGUCGUAGUAUUAUCUUUGUUCAGAACAAGUUUAGAGCCAAAUUGGGAAUGAGACGUGCCAGGAAAGAAUAUUUGCAGUUGAAGCAUGCAGCAGUUAGCGUUCAACGAAGAUUUAGGGCUCUAGUAGCGAUGAGGAAGCAGAGAAGCGAAUAUCUACAAUUGAAACUAGCAACGUUGGUGAUUCAGCAGAGAUUGCGCGCACAAAAUGCCAUGCGAUUAGAACGACGGCGAUUUGUGGCAAUGAGAGCUUCAGCAAUCAUAGUUCAACGAAAAUUCCGAGCUCUAGUUGCAAUGCGGGUAGCUCACGAUCGCUAUCAACUGAUGCGGUCCUCUUGCAUUACGAUUCAACGGCGGCUACGGGCAACUAUUCUGAUGAAGCAACAAAGGAUCGAGUUCCUUACGUUGCAGUAUCACGCAAUCAUUGUGCAGCAACAGUUCCGUGCUAAUCUACUGUCGAGAAGUCAACGGCAGAAAUAUCUUAAUCUCAAAUCAGCUGCGAUCUGUGUUCAAAGGAAAGUGCGAGCCACUAAUCUCGCUAGACGGAUGCAGCGUUCCUAUCGGGAACAGCGUCAAGCAGCCAUCAAUAUUCAACGCUACUGGAGAGCUGUUCAACUAAAGCGAAAGACUCGGAAAGACUAUUUGCAGAAACGCCUGGCUGCUGUUACGAUACAAAGAUGUUAUCGAGGCCACCUGUUGACCACACAGAUUCGUCAAGACUUUGUAAGCAUACGAGCUGCGGCGAUCCGAGUGCAGCAGCAAUAUCGUGCCAUAAAAUUGAUGCAAACGCAACGUCAGAAUUACGAGAAAAUGAUCCACGCUGCCGUUGCGCUGCAACGUCGGUACCGUGCUAAACAAUUGGGUCAACAGCAGAAGACCGAAUAUGUCGAGCUGAAGGAAGCAACCAUUUGUGUUCAACGGCGCUGGCGAGCGGUUCUUGCUAUGAAAACAGCUCGCGCGGAAUAUCUAACGAUUAGAAAAAGUACUAUCGUCAUCCAGAACCGCUUCCGUGGUUUGCAGCUUAUGCGAUCGACCCGGGCAGAGUAUGUCCAUACUAGAACGGCAAUCAUACUCAUUCAACGGCAAUAUCGGGCCAAACGCAAAAUGGAGCGAGCCUGCGGUCAGUAUUUGAACAUGAAAAGUGCAACGAUAGUUAUACAACAGUAUUUCCGUGGUUAUUUGGAAAUGAAGCGCCAAAAAGCUUCGUUCACCGAGCUCCGUUCGGCAACACUGUGUCUACAGGCAAGAUUCCGAGCACUGAGGCAGAUGAAGCUGCAAAAGACACUCUAUUUGAAGCAAAGGACCUCAGCCAUCUGUAUUCAACGCUAUUUCCGAGGGUAUCUUGCGAUGAGUCAUCAACGUAGAGAGUUCCUACAGAUGAAGCAAGCAUGCGUUGUUCUUCAGUCUAGAUAUAGAGCUAGGCUCGCUACGUUGGAUGCAAGGCAUAAGUUUGAAACGCUUAGAUCAGCAACUGUAACGAUCCAGCGCAGAUGGAGAGCAACUCUGGCAAUGAGAGAGCAACGUAGCACAUAUCAAGCCAUUCUGCAAGCAUCUCUUACCAUUCAGAUUCGCUACCGAGCGUACAAGCUACGUCUAUUCGAUCAGCUCAACUAUCGAGUUUACAGAAGUGCUAUUAUCGUCGUUCAAAGACGCUUCCGUGCCAAACUCAUCACCCGUGUCGAACAAAAACGCUUCCAUCAACUCAAAGUGACCACACUUCAUCUUCAGACACGAGCCCGUGGUUAUCUAGCUCGCCAAGCAUUCCUUCAAAAAUUGACCCCCGAAUACUUGGAACGGCGCAAGCGUGAACAAGCAGCCAAACGGAUACAAGCCUGCUGGCGUGGUUAUCAGCAUCGCAAGCGUCACCAGACUGUUACCAUGCGUGAUAUUGCAUUGCGUAUGAUCGCCAGCCGACGGGAAGCCGCUAGGGAUCCUUCGAAACGGUUAAGCAAUAUUUUGCGAUCCUGUAUGAAGUUCAUGAAGACACGCUUUGCGGUCCACGAGGCCAUUAAGGUUCUGCUGCGGAUCGAGCAAAUUUCCCGAUUGUUACCACGUUUGCUGCAGAACGAUGCGAUUUUCCUGGCCACCUUCUGUUAUGGCACCAUGGCACAAGCUAUCAGAUCCGAGCUAGAUAAACAGUUGAUUGAGAUUUGUGCGCGUAUUAUUCUGAAUUUGGCACGGUUUGAAGGAACGAAGCAGGAUGCAUUCCAGGAAAACGGUCUGGUAACGGUGUCACAAAUGCUACUACGAUGGUGUGAUAAGGAUUGUGGCAUUUUCAACACCCUUUGCACGUUGCUCUGGAUUAUUUCGCAUGACACGCAUAAAAGAAACGCAAUCCGACGGUAUAUGAUUUCCCGCGAGGCCAUCUUCAUGCUCCGAGAAACGAAAAAGCUCGUAAAGCGCAAGGAAAACAUGCGCAAAAAUGUUAAGAAGCCGGUGGGUUGUCUUGCGCCACCGGAUCCAACGUUGAUGAGCAUGGAACCGGCACUGGAUCCUGACUACGGCGUAAUCCGCAGCAAACCAUACGUUUUCUACUCGUCGGUCUUUGCCUUCGAUACGGUACUAAACGUACUGAGCGUGGACAUCUCAUAGGCGAUGUGGAAUUCGUGAUCUAGCACGUGCCACAGCAACCGAAUAAUGUUGAUGAUUUGUUAAAGGAUAUCGAGGAACUUUACGAUUUCUAAUCACCUCACACAUGUAACCAAG